AUCCAAUGGGGAUGUCGUUCGGUCCCGAGUCGUUUGCCGACCUCGGGAUGUACGGCUCGCGGACGGAGGAGACCAGCGAGGUGAGGUCAGAGGUCGGAGAAACACGAGAAGCAAGGUCAGAGGUCAGGUCAGAAGUAGGAGAAACACGAGAAGCAAGGUCAGAGGUCAGGUCAGAGGUCGCUGAGAUGCGACACGAGGAAGUUUCCAUGUACUACAGCUGCACAGACCAGGGGGCGCCACGCGGCAUCGAUCCUCACCAGGGGGCGCCAGUCGACAUACCGGACAUCACCGUGACGCAGCACAGACCUGAACCCGGAUUCCGACUCGGAUUCCGGCGACGACCGCCGCGGCUCGGCUGACGGU